UACAGUUUUGUUCGGUAUUUGUCAUUUCAUGUGUGAAUUGCAUUAAUUUGUUUUUCUAUUGUAAAUUUAUGUUUGUAAUAAACUAUUUACGUUAGCUAAUUUAAUUCUUUCGACAGUUUAAAAGAAAAAUACUAAUAUUUUAUUAUGGAUAAAUUGCGUCGUGCUCUGAGUGGUGAUGAUGGCACACCUGAGGAAGAAAGCAGCAUCAUAUCACAGAUAAAUGAAAUGUCUACGCUGAGUUGGUCGACACGAAUCAAAGGUUUUUGCAUAUGCUUUAUCGUUGGUAUUUUGCUAUCAUUUCUUGGUUCAUUGGCUUUAUUUUUGCAUCGAGGUAUUGUCGUUUUUGCGGUUUUCUAUACAUUAGGAAACGUGAUAUCAAUGGCUAGUACAUGCUUCCUAAUGGGCCCAGUAAAUCAGAUUAAGAAAAUGUUUUCAUCAACACGUUUAAUAGCAACAUCAAUUGUCAUAUUUUCCAUUAUUAUGACCUUCAUUGCAGCCGUUGUGUUACAUAAAGCUGGGUUAACAUUAAUUUUCAUUAUUAUACAAUCACUCGCCAUGACUUGGUAUUCCCUAUCGUAUAUACCGUAUGCACGCGACGCAGUUAAAAAAACUGUAUCUGCCUGCCUUGAUGUAUAGUUAUUUUAUCAUAAAAAUAGUUUUUCUUAUUGUUUAUUUUUUUAGAGCAGAAAAUCUUUACAUUAUUCACUCAGUAUAUAAACGCAAGCACUUUAUUGUAUUAAUAGAAAUUAUAUUAAAUUCUUUGGAUAAAUACUUAAGCUUUUUCUAAAUCAAAUUAAUCACUGAUGCAUGUUUCGAAAGACAAAUAAUUCCAAAUUAUAUU